AGUGUCACUCUUCCGGCAUCAUGAAGAACACCGUCCUCGCUUUGGCUGUCCUCGGCGUCGCCUACGUCAGCGCCCAGACCGAACCAUGGUGUCGCUGCGCACUCUUUGUAUCAGGUGGACACGCUGAGUACAUGGUCUCUGAACUACCAGAAGUGGAAAUCAACGACUGCGAGAGCCACGACCAGUGCAAGUACCGUUGCAGAAGAGAGUUCAAUGAUAUGACCAACGAGAUGGACUUGUGGUCGACGGUGAACAACGCAACGGUUGGCUCCUACCUCUGCCAGAACUUGGAGCACUCCAUCCACAACAAAUAUGUCUACGGUUACUACGAGAUGUGUGGCGGUCCCUGGGAGUACUCUGGCCUGGUCUCCCAACAGAUGCUCUGCUGUUAUAAGGGGGAACACAACCACUGCAUCUCCAUGUGAGCGUGGAAGGGACCAUCUUAACACCAGCAAAGAUGAUGUUUUAUCCAUCAGAUUAAGGAUGAACACCCUUUGUUAAACACUUUUGAGGCAAUAAAACCGCCAGAUC